CAACAUGAAACUUUUCUCUGCAGAACUCUACCGGCAUGAAGCAGCAGCAGCACAGGACACGGCGACGGGCAACAAGUAGCACUUUUUCUUUUGUUUUGCGAAAUGAAAGUCGGCAAUCUGCAGUAGCCUAUAAUAAAACUUUAUUCUAAGGAGUGAAAAGCGAGUGAGCUGAAAUUAGAAGUGAGACUCGAAAAGUAUUUUUUUUAGGGAAAAGGUCACAUAAAUGUGCAGAUUGUAUAGAUUGAUGAUUACAUCUGAGAUGGGAAUGUGAAGUUCGCGAGUAAAUCUGAACCCAGGGAAACUGGUACAGUCGCCGGUGCCGUUAAUUCUCCAAGGACAGAGUGCGCACUUUCGGGGAAGAGAAACAAACCCCAACCGCGGAUACACAUUCCCCUGGGAUCUGAACAUACUGUACGCACGGAGAUGAGUUGGAAACCUGUUUUCACACCUGCAGUUGUUUUUUCUGUGCUUGUGUUGGUGUUGAAGGCAGUCGGUGGUGCAUCGGAUGAGGAUGAGUUCAAUGCCGAGACAUGGCUGAGGACUUAUGGUUACCUGUCCCAGGCCAGCAGGCAGAUGUCCACCAUGCAGUCGGCGCAGAUUCUGUCCACUGCCAUAAAGGAGAUGCAGCGCUUCUACGGCCUGGACGUCACAGGCCAAGUGGACCCCGUCACUCUGAAAGCUAUGAGGCGCCCGCGAUGUGGUCUUCCUGAUCGUUUCGAGGUGCACGUUGCAGGGGGCGUCAGGCGGAAACGCUUCGCUCUGACGGGUCACCGGUGGGACAAAGUCAAGCUGACCUACAGCGUUCAGAACUUCCCAUCCAGCCUCAGUCAGCAGCAGUCAAACGAGGCCAUCCACAAGGCCUUUAGAGUUUGGGAGAAAGUAACCCCGUUACGCUUCGAGCACAUUCCUUACCAUGACAUCAAAAACGGCAGCGAGGGGCCGGAUAUUAUUCUGCUGUUUGCCUCUGGGUAUCAUGGAGACACCUCCCUUUUUGAUGGUGAAGGAGGCUCUCUGGCUCACGCAUUCUUCCCCGGUCCAGGCAUAGGAGGAGACACUCACUUUGACAUGGAUGAACCGUGGACGCUCAACCAGCGAGAAGGAGCAGGCAUUGAUCUCUUCCUGGUUGCGGUUCAUGAGCUGGGGCACGCGCUGGGUCUCGAGCACUCCCAAGACGCCUCAGCCAUCAUGGCUCCGUUUUACCAGUGGAUGGACACGGAGACCUUCUCUCUAGGCAAGGACGACAUCAGUGGCAUUCAGCAGAUCUACGGCCCCCCUGUGAUUGCACCCACUGAGCCUUUAAUCACCACUACAACUCCAUCACAUACGACCACAACCGAACCAGAACCAGAACCAGAACCCACUUCGACCACUACGGAGCCUUUAAGAACAACUAGACAUCCAGCGAAGCCCACCAGACUUCCAGCGAAACCCACCAGACGUCCAGAGAAACCCACCAGACCUCCUGAGAGAGCCACCAGACCUCCUGAAAGAGCCACCAGACCUCCUGAGAGAGCCACCGAGCCAUGGGUUCCUCCGGCUGAUCCCAGACCCACUCGCCGCUCAGACCAGGACGCUCCUGAUAUCUGCGAUGGAGACUUUAACACGAUUGCGGUGCUCAGGGGGGAGAUGUUUGUCUUCAAGGGUCAGUGGUUCUGGAGAGUCAGGCGGAACCGGGUUCUGGAUAAUUACCCCAUGCCCAUUUCCUUCUUCUGGGUCGGCCUACCUGAAGACAUAGACGCUGCAUACGAGCGCCAUGAUGGGAAAUUUGUGUUCUUCAAAGGUACUAAAUACUGGCUAUUCAGAGAGGCUGACGUGCUGCCUGGAUAUCCUCAGGAACUGAUGCAUUAUGGUCACGGGAUGCCAGAUCGAGUUGACACAGCUGUGUGGUGGGAGCCAACUGGUUACACCUACUUUUUCAGAGGAGACAGAUACUGGCGUUUCAGCGAGGAGUCUCGGGCUGUGGAUAAAGAUUACCCACGACCCAUAAGUGUUUGGGACUCCAUCCCUUCGUCUCCCAAAGGGGCCUUCCUGAGUGACGAUGGAGCCUACACGUACUUCUACAAAGGGACCAAAUAUUGGCGAUUCGACAACAAGCGCAUGAAGGUCGAUGCAGGAUACCCGAAAUCCAUCCUGAACGAUUUCAUGGGAUGUCACGUUCACUUCGAUCCAGGCUUGGAUACAGAUAUCAAACCAGACCCCAAGUGGCCAGAAACAGGAGGAAACAACCAAGAUGACAACAGUGACGACUACAAAGACAACGAUGUCAAUAACGAUGAUAAUGACGAUGAAGAUGAAAAAGUAGUGGUGCAAGUGAAGGAGACUAACGACUACGUCAUGACCCUCGUCCUGGUGAUGGUGCCUCUGAUCCUGGUGCUGUGCAUUCUGGGAGUGAUUUACAUCAUCAUCAACACACUGCAGAAAAAGGAGACUCCCAAAGUGCUGGUUCACUGUAGACGUUCGCUGCAGGAGUGGGUGUGAUGCACACAAGAGCACACACAUAAACACUUUCACACACACACACACACACACACACACACUCGCUGUUUGGUGUCCUCUUUCCGCAUGUUAACAAGAAGAACCCACAUGAACUGACCAUUUUUUUUUUUUAUGCUCAUGAAUUUGGAAGAUGAUCUUCCUUCUUAGAGUUUACAUUCGUGACACAGUGUUGGCGGUGAACCCAUGGAUCAUCUGUUAGCAGUUAAAGCUAAGUGUAAUAAAGGGUCAUUUCAGUCACAUGGAGCCGUUGCUAGGAUAGUUACUUCUGAGGCUAAUGUUUCUCAUCUUCCUUAUGUUUUGUGUUGUUUUUACAGACAUUCCUUUUUCUAUUUAAAUCAUUCUCUUUAGACAUUUGUGUCCAUAUUUAACGACUUCUAAAUGUUUUCAAAUGAAGCUUAUGGAACAUAUUUUCAUAACCAGGUGGUUAUAACAUAGUUGAGAGAAGCAUAGAUGGCUGCCAUGACAGCUAGCUAAUGAUUGAAGGCAGCGUACCUACAGUAUGUUCCCAUGGCCUUAUGUUCCCUAGUACAUUUUUCUGUUAACAUACUGUACAUUAACCCUCUUCUUCUGUUUGGAGCACAUGUGGUCUUUUUUAAGAUAGAAUGUGUCCUGAAUAUUGUCUAGUUUAAUUUAUUGGAACAAAUGUCAAAUUUUUAAACAUAACAAGCUAAUGGUUAUCAUUUCACAUGGUUUUGGAGGUUUCUAAAAAGAAUCGGACAAAUAAGCUAAAAAGCAUCUUUUUCAGGGACCCUGCGAACAUAAGACCCUAAAACUGGGGAACAUUUAGCGACGGGAACAUAGGGACACCCCUAAUUGAGGACAAUUUAGCUUGUCACAGACAAUAUAAAGGUGUCUCUAGAGUGAAGAUAAGACAAAAGCAUUGAGAAAAUCAAAGGUAUCAAAGUUUUGACAUUAAGACACCACUGAUCUAAUCGCUUCUGCCGUACGUCCUGCCUCCAAUGCCUUAAAACCUUGCAAUAGACUUUGCUAUUGAUGGUCUGGACACUGAGGAUGAAUUCUCAAUGCACAAUGCCACAAGUGUUAAAAAAGAUGAUGCGCAUGCAUUUGAACCUGCCUCGCCUUUUUCAGUCGUGGAGAUGAUGGGCUCUUCCACUGUGAAGACUGUGGCUUCUACUCAGGGUCGUACCCCUACACCCAAGUUUCUUUACCGGUAAUGAUCCACGACAUGGAGGAUGGGUCAUCUGACGGCAUACUGACGGAGUUCUUGGCAGAUUUCGAAACAAUGUUUCUUCUGCUGCUGGGUCAGCAGCCUGGGGACAAACUUGACAGCAACGCAGCGCAUGUUCAAAUCACACAUGAGGAUUGCCUGGAUUGAUUGUUCCGUACGACGUUGUGGAUUGUUCUUUGACGAUCAUCAUGAACGAGUUGCCGAACGGUUUCGACAUUUUUGGAGAUUAAGCUUGUUGAAGGUUUUUGUGAUACCUUGUAGUCUUCCAGUGAUGUUCUUUCGCUUUUGAAGCAUGCGUGCCACUUAAAACACCUUGAACGACGUAUUGAAGCGUCGCUGGAAACUUGCCAUAAACCGAAUUCUAUCGAACGUCUUUGUGGCAGAUUCGCCCAGUCGUACGCAGAAUUACAUGUUUGCUCUUUGUUUUGCUGUCCAUGCGGAAAUAGCAGACAUGGCCACAGACGUGGUCAGAAUAGCACUAGUUGGACAGCUUCCAACAGGGUUCCUAUGUGCAACUUGGUAUUGCCAUCUGUUGGCGUGUUACAAAACUAGUCUUGAAACUUUUUAAUACCACCAACUUGAACAUAGCCAGGAGCAUAUAGAGUAUUUUCGCCAGAUGAGUUGGUAAAAAAGCUCCUCGGAUUAAAAUGAAACUGUAAUAAGACUUAGCAUUAGAAGGUAUUAGACUAUACGUGUUGCUCUAAAGCGAGGAUGGGAGCAAGGCCCCAGUGUAAAUAUCCGACCCCACAGACUAAAAUUAAACUGUAAAAAUAAAACUUACUGUAGCAUCAGCUUCUAUCAGGUAAUACAAAGGCAGAGAGAGUAUGGAAACAAUAUAUAACCAUCCAGAAACUAUUGUGACAGUGGAAACAAGACACGCCAGGUAGCUGUUGGGAAGAUUUACUUUAGACGUGUCAAGAAAAGGCUGUUCAGACUAAAAUUUAAACUGUGAUAACACUUAGCAUCCGCUGCUAACAGAUAAAGACGCGGUGAAGGUGGAAAUGAGACACAGAUGUUGGUAGUAAGAACAUUUCCCUGAAAGGUGCUGAUAAAUUACUAGGAAAAGACUCCAUAUCUUAAACUGUAAUAACACUUUAGCAUCAGUUGAUAUCACACAAUAAAAAGGCAUCGUAAUAAUGGAAAAAUUCUACACAGAUUACAAUUAAACCAUUAGCAUCAGAAAUGAUAACGGUGGGAAUGAGACACGAGUGUACAAACUAUAGCCAUUUUCCUCAGAUGUGUUGGUAAAGAGUACAAUUAAAGUGUAAUAAGUCUUAGCAUCCGUUGCUAUCAGAUGUUACAACGGGUGGAAAUAAGACGUAACUGCCCAGAAAGUGUCGUGAUAAUGGAGACAAGACACGAAUGUUAGGAAAGUGUCUGGACUCUAAACUUGUUCCUCAGACGUGUUGGCGAAUUCCUGAGAAAAAACACACUUUGCAUUGAAAACACAUUUAGCAUUAGCUGCUAAUUUCACUUCCGUGGGUUCCGCCGUAUUAAGAAACCACAGGGUUGCCUAACGAACAUGUGAAUAACGAAAAAAUGUGCAGUUUAAGUGGAAUCUUCUCGUAAACAUGGUGAAGACAUGACCGUAUAUGGAUGUAGUAAAAUAGUUUCUCCACAGCGAGACACUUUUUGUUUUGCCUUUACACAACUGUGGUGCUCUUCCCAUUUAGGACUCUGCUCUCAACAGAGGAUUUGCACUUUCACGUCAUUUAAAAAAUGAUUAUAUGAUUUGUUCUGUGGUGGCUUUACGUCGUGGUUUCUUUUUGUGUGUGUGUGUGUGUGUGUGUGUGUUCUUGUGUAAACGUCUGUGCAUAAAGCACAUUCUCUCCUUCUCUCCCUAACGAACCCGAUCUUUACAAAUGUCUGGGAACGUACGAGUGUGUUCGUCAGGAAAAACUCUCUCGCUUUCUUCAGUUAGAUGGUCUAGGAAAAAGCAGAAGAAGAAAAAAAAAACCAUCCAACUGUUUGUGUUUGUAAAAGCAUCAUGGAGAGCAUAAAGGAGUUAAAGGAGUCUGGUUUAAUAAAUUGCUUUGCACAUACUUGCAGGGUUUACUGUCUGUGCUGACGGGGCCGAGCCUGGCUUGUGUUACACACAUGGUGCUGAUUUAGGGAUUUUUGAGGGUGAGAGACAAAGGGAAAGAGAGUGAGAGAGGGAAUGAGAGGAUGGGGGAAGGGGGUUUCUAUAUCCAUACAGCAUUUCCUUCUCUUCUUCUUAAAAAAUUUGGCUUUGCAAAAGGGAAAAGGAGGCAGAAAUGUCACUGAAGCAUGCACAGUCCUACUUUCACUUUGACCUACAUUAAAACUUUUGUAUCACUCUGUAUUCGCGCUAUAUAUCAUUCGUGGGGGAAAAAAAUGAAGUCAGUCUUCCUGUGGGUUUGUGUCAUUUUCUGAGCCAGAUUUUAACCACAGGUUCCCUCUCUGGACCUCUCCCCAGAGUCUGUUUAUGAGAAUCUUGGCUUCAUGUCCAUUAACUACUGCUGCGAUUACGGCUCUCCAUCAAGCUCUUUGUUUUUACUGUGCGACUUCAGCAAGCAAAAAAAAAAAAAAAAAAGAAAUCUGAUCCCUUUCUUGCCCUCUCUUCCCACCCUCUCCUUCUCUCUCUCUUUCUUACGCUCUCAAUUAGUGUCUUGAACGAUUGUUUUAAACCUGUGUCAUUUUUGUACUGUGUAUCUUCAUGAAUGUCGAAUGUUUUAGUUUUGAUCCGUUUCUUGUAAUUUGUUGGUUGAUUUAAGUUUUAUACUUUUUUUUUAUAUUAUCAAUGAACUGAGUAGAUCAUGCAGGGCAUGUAUUGCUUUUCUCCCCCAACACAGGUAGCAUAUUAUAAGAUGACAAUUAUUAUAAGCUUGCUCACAAUAAAAAAAGGUUUCACAAAAAACAAAAAAAACUAUCAUA